ACAAAAACAGUUGCACCUCACUGGAGUUUCUACCCUGCUGAUGAGGAGCAACCAUGCUAUGAUGCAGUGAUAUCUCUACUGAGAGUACACAUUGGAGGGAACUCUCACUCAACUACCCUACCCAGUCAUCAUAUGUCAGUCCCUGAGACUGGGGGACAGGAAUCUUAUCAGGACACUCCUCCCACUCAACAGGACAGCUCUACUGUUGGUCAGGACACUCCUCCCACUCAACAUGACAUCAUAGAUACCACCCAGAUCACCUCUCGUCAGAAAAGACACUUUUCUCAGGCUCGGAGGAGAGUAAAGCAGAUCUUCAAUGACCUGGACAGACGUCUCAAGUCAGCUGACAAGAAAGACCAGUCAGAGUCACGGAUACCUUCCGGCUACAAGUUUGAUAACAAACAUCCAGGAAUACAAUUCUUUGGGGGUCCGUGGAAGCAGUCAGUGACAUCAGCUGGUGCUCACAUCACCUGGAGGGAGGAGAUAGGGGUGGAGUUUGACAUCCCUCCCGGGGCAGUCCCCGAGGGCAGAGAGCUGGAUCUGAGUGUCUGGCCAUGUUUUAAUGGUCCAUUCCUUUUACCAGAUGGCUAUGAGCUAGCCAGCCCUGUCUUCCUCAUACCUCCCACGUUUGAAUUCUCUCGAGAAAUAACUGUGACACUUUGGCACUUCUCUAACCUAGAAACCGUGGAGGACAGUGAGAGAAUGGUCUUCCUCUCUGCACCUUCCACUCCUCACACAAAACAGGCUGGCAAAAAGCCAGUAUAUCAGUUCAGAGUCCUUGGAAAAGGGGUUUUUGAGCCUCGCCGGAAUUAUGGCCAAAUUUCACUGACUCACUUCUGUUUUGGUGGUAUUGGUCGCAAGCACAAGAAGCACUCGUCUCCUUCAGACAGUCCUGUUAGUAAAAAACCAAGGGAUAAUAGGUAUGUUUACCAAGUGUAUCAAGAUAAGCAGUUUGGAGAUAGAGCGAUUUUCUCGGCAUUCCUUGACCAUAAACUCCAUUCUACUGAACUUGAAGAACAUGUUAAGAAAUAUUGGCCUCAACUUUGGUCACCUUCUUCCGUCCCAAUCAGUAUUGAAGGGGACAGGGUAAAAUUGCAGUGGCCAUCCAAUACAGGCUGGGUUAUUACUCCCCAUAGAGAGCCAUGUGAAUUAACAAAAGAUAUGGUGGAUUCUCAUCAGAGGCAUCCAUAUCCCCCAAUGAUUAUGCUGCAAGUUGAGAAAGCUCCAACAUCAAGUACACUCUCUCCAAGUAUUCGAGUGGACAUAGUUGGGAUCCGGGAACAGGGAGAACGGUUCAUACUAACACCAAAACUACGGCAAACUGGCCUUAACCUACAGAGCUCCUUAUCCAGUCCGUCCCACACUCUCCAGUCUUCACAGAUGGUUUCUUACUCGUCCUCUCGUGAGCAAGCAGACACUGCUGGAGCAAGUGUGGAGCAAGCAAGACAGAGGUCAAGUCAUCCAAACCUGAGAGAUCUGCUCAACAACAUUACUACUACCAAAUGGUAUGUGUUUGGGUUGCAACUGACAAGCAAUAUUGAAGAGCUGAACACAAUCAAGACCGAUAACAAAGGUGAUGCAAAAACUGCCCUGCAAGAAACACUUAAUCUUGUUCUUAGAGAAGAUCCAGAUCUGUCAUGGCAGAAAGUCGUAGAAGCAUUGCAAACUAUUGGUGAAGUAGCAAUGGCUCGAACAAUAAACAAAGAAUUUUGUUAAAAAUAUUUCCUCACUUAUAUUCAUGUUUUAAUUUUAUCUGAUUUGCAAGUAUGGACGCAACUGACAACCCAAACCUAUCAACUACACAUCCA